UGCCCAGCCACCUCCCAGCCCUGGCUCCGCUCCCUGCCCAGCUCGUGUUUAGCAGCUUUGGGCAACCCUCCAAUGCCGUUUUCCCCCCGGCGAUGGGUUUUCGUGCUCAGGGUUGGGGUUGGUACCAGGGUGCUGGGUGCCAGCACUGUCCCCAGGGCGCUGGGAAGUGGCCAGGCCCCACACUGCCCUGCCCCUCCGCCCUGCCGGGUCUGGGGGUGCAGGAUGGGGCAAGAGCCCCCCCGCAGCCUGCUCUGAGCAGUGGCCGGUGCCCCCCCCAAGACUGGCUGUGGGGAACCGUGAGAGCAUCCUGCAGGACCUGUGGGUCUCAUCACUGCUUGGGAACAUCUACACCGGAGGGGACAUCUGACAGGCAGCUCUCCUGGAGGGCGAGUACUGACCCUGCUGCUAUCGCCGUGGUCUCCCAUCACCCCACAACCUCCCUCCUGCCUCUAGCACCUGCGAGGAUGCCCUGACCCCCCCCCCCUGCAGCCCCGGGCUCCGCAGGGAGCAGCUUCACUCUCUCCAGACAAUGCUGCAGAGGGGAAACUGAGGCACAGCUGUGGUGGGGCAGCAUCAGGACAGUGAUAACCAAAGAGCCUGCUCUGCAGGCAGGGGGAUCCUUGGCCACCCCCCCACCCCAGUUCCAAAACCACCCUCAAACCAAGGGGCUGGGGGUUGAACCCAAAAUUCUCCACGCUAAGAGUUGGUGUCUGUGGGAUCCAGCCCCAUGAUCCUGGUCCCACCUCCUGUCCCCUCCACAGGUCGCCUGGCUGGAGGGGACUCCCGGUCCCCCCUGGCUACCCCCGGUCCCUGUCAUGGCACCUGGAUGCGCUACGUGACCCCAGACCCCGCAGUCCCCCACCUCCUGCCCUGCCCCAGCAGACUCGGCGUCUGCCUGUGGCCGCUGCCUGCCCACCCCAAGCUCCCCGUGAGGCACGGCCAGGACCCCAGCCAGCACCCACCGCCGCCGCCGUGGCCUCCGUGGCUCACCCCCGAUGCCACCAGGGCCACCAGCUGCCGGACCCCCGCGGGGCUGGACAUGGCCCCUUUGCCAGCGUGGCUGCUCUGCACCGAAGAUGUCCCCACCAGCAGCGUGGAGGAGGAGGAGAGGAGAGCCGAGGCUGAAGAGCUGCAGGGAGGCAUGGAGGGCUGGAGGAAGGAGCCCUUUGGCAGAGCAGAGCCGGCGUCGGCGGGGGUCCAGCCACUCCCCCCACUGCCCAGGGGUCCGAGGGUCCCCCUGGGCAGCCUGCACCCCCUUCUCCUGCCCCAGCUGUGCCUCUGCCCCUGUGGCACCCACUGCUCCCUGCUCCUGCUGGCCCCGCAGCCCGCGCCGCCGCUAGCCCACCUGGGUGACAUGGGGACCCCAGUGUCACCUGGGCAGGGCUGUGGCAGUGCCCUCCUCCAGCUGCCACCCUGCCUGUGGCUGUGUGGGACCCUCCUGCCCCCCGGGCAGGGUGCUCCCGACCUGCCGAAGCCACCGGUGGGAUGUGUCCCUCUUCUCCAAGGGCCUUUCCCCUUCCCCAGCUGCGGGGCAGGAGGGUGCCCACCACUGCCGGGGGGGAUGCCCUGCUCUGCCCUGCAGCCCGAGGUGUCCCACCGCGGCGUGACCAAGCCACCUGCCAGCACCCGGCCGUACCCACCGGGGAAGGACGUUGGCAGGAGCAAGUACAAGUGCAACAUCUGCACCAAGAGCUUUGGGCAGCUGUCCAACCUCAAGGUCCACCUGAGGGUGCACAGUGGUGAGCGGCCCUUCCAGUGCCCCAUCUGCAAGAAGUGCUUCACACAGCUGGUACAUCUGCAGAAGCACCGGCUGGUGCACACUGGCGAGAAGCCCCACCAGUGCCUGACAUGCCACAAGCGCUUCAGCAGCAGCAGCAACCUGAAGACCCACCUGCGGCUGCACUCGGGCGAGAAGCGUUUCCAGUGCCACCAGUGCCACAGACAGUUCUCCCAGCACAUCCACCUCCAGCUCCACCGGUGCCUACACCACUGCUGGCACCCACCUCCCAGAUCCCCGGUCCCCCCCGGCCACCUAGCCCAGGCUGGUGGUGCUCCAGCCUGGUUGCUGGGUGGCCAGUGCAGAAGGAGGAGGAGGAGGAGGAUGAAGGAGGGAGCCGGCCAGGCCAGGCUAUGACACUGCUGCAGGGCUUUGUACUGGGGGAGGUGGGGAAGGGGCUGUCUGGGUGGGCAGAGGUGGAUGUGGGGACCCGCCACGGUGUCCCCAGGGAGCAGCAAUGUCCCCCAGCAGGGCCUGUCUGAGCUGGGACAGCCCUGUGGGCUGCACAGGGAGGGGGGCUGCCCCCCCAGCCCCUCAGAGCCAGGAGGAGCUGCCACCACCAUCCACUGGCUCCAUCAAUGCUGCCCCAGCCUUGGGGACAAGGAUGGAGGGGGGUCCCCCAAAGUGGCAAGCAUCUCCGUGUCCCCAGAGCCCUCGGGGAGGGUCUCCCUCCAGCCAGCCCCUCCUCCCAGGCCAUCUGUGCCCCCACCCUGCAGCAGUGUCGCCCCGGGGCUGUGCCUGGAGUACAACCCCCCCCCCCCCCCUUUUCCUGGGGAAAAAGCUUUAAUUUCUCAGCCCCCCUCAAUCUCAGGUGCCCUCCGAGCUCCUGGCAUGUCACCCCCACAGCUCCCAUGGGGACACAGCUCUGCCCAUCGCAGAUUUUGUCGGCUCGGUGCCACCACCGAACCCUCCAGGGGUCUGUCCGAGUGUGCCAUGCCAUGGGGGGCAUCCCCAGCUCCAAUACCUCUGGGUGCUGCUCCCGCAUCCUGCUUGCACCCUGAGCACCUCGCUCACCCCCAAAGGAUGUGACAGCCCCGGCUGCUGAGGCUGGGCCGGUGGGUGACAUCCCUCCUGUUAUUUUAUUCA